CGAGCUGCACACAGAGGAGGAAGAAGAAACAUCCAGCCAGUGUUUAUUUAGAAGUUGUAAUUAGGAAAACAUUAGUGUUUGUUUAUGAUAACUUAUAACUUUCACCUGCACAGACAAGAAACAUGGACAGGACUCCUCAACAGGCUCAGAAUUCAGAGCAGCACCUGUCUCCAACCUCCAGGAGGAGUUUCAGCUUUUCAUCUUUAAGAAUCAAAAAAAGAAGCAACAGCACUGAGGAGAAGGGAUUCACACCGCGGAGAGGGCUGAAGUCUUUUUCAUCCGUACGAGAGGGGUCAAGAAAAGCCCAAGAUGAAGACAGGGCCUCACUGCCUUUCCCUUCUCAGGACCAGUUGAAGAAGACAGGUGAGCAGCCCAAAGGUCACCUCAUCUCUGAUGUCACUGGAAAACACAACCCCCCCUCAGGUGAAGAUGAAGAUGAAGAACCGGGGGCGCUCAAGAGGUUAGGCGCCAUGUGGUCGUCGUUCCGCAGAGGAAAAAGAGAUAAGGUCAAAGACUCUGAGCCUGCUGAGCCUCCAGGCCCCGCAGUGGAGGACAAUGCCUCACGACAGCACAAGUACGCCAGCGGUCAGUACUUCUUCGAGUACCUGGUGGUUGUCAGCCUCAAGAAGACCAAGGGUGGCAGCAACUACGAACCUCAGAUCACCUACCAGUUUCCAAAGAAAGACGGGAUGGCGAGAUAUCAGAAGGAGGAAGAGGAGAAGACGCUGAAGGCAAUCACGCUCUUUUGUUUCCCCGAGGGCAUCAACUGGGCUCCUCUGACAGAAUACCACAGUGAGACGUUCUCUUUUGUUCUGACUGAGAUCGACGGCAGCAGGAGAAACGGAUACUGCAGGAGGUUACUGCCUGGAGGGAAAGGAGCUCGACCUCCCGAGGCUUACUGCAUCAUCAGCUCGCUCGCUUGUUUCGGCCUCUUCUCUAAGAUAUUCGACGAGGUGGAGAAGCGGCGGCAGAUCUCCACGGCCAUGGUCUACCCAUUCAUGCAGAAGCUGAGGGAGGCUCCAUUCCCAGCUCCAGGGAACACAGUGGAGAUUAAGAGCUUCAUUCCUGAGUCGGGCACUGAGAUCAUCAGUCUAACUCGGCCGUUGGACUCCUGGCUCGAGCACGUGAACUUUGGCACGCUGUUCAGCUGCCUGACAGAUGAGGAGGUGCUGCUGGUGUUCGCCGCCGCCGUCCUGGAGAGACGGAUCGUCUUUAUCGCGGAUGAACUUGGCACGUUAUCUCAGAUCAUCCACGCUGUGGCAGCGCUGCUGUACCCAUUCACCUGGCAGCACACGCUCAUCUCCAUCGUACCUGAGAUCCUGAUUGACGUGGUGAUGGCGCCCACGCCCUACCUGCUUGGAGUCCAGAAACGGCUGCUGGACCAGGUCACUGAUCAGGAGGACCUGCUGGUGGUCGACCUGUCUGAGGAGAAGGAGACGACCUUCAUCAAGUCUGUUGGUGAUGAGAGCUCGAUCCUGCCUCCGAAGCUGCAAGCUGAGAUUCUGGAGGCGCUCAGUCUCAGACAAAAAGCAUCAACGGUGGAGGAACUGAACCGGGUGGUGUCAGAAGCCUUCCUGCAUUUCUUCGUGAGAACAGUCGGCCACUACGCCUCGUACGUGAAAUACAGUCACAAAGGGCAGCCGGGCGUGUUUCAGAAGCGGAGUUUCUACAAGGCCAUCGAGUCCAAGACCACCCGACACUUUGUGAAGAAGUUCAUCCAGACGCAGAUGUUCGAUCUGUUCAUCCAGGAUGUGGAGCAGCAGCAGCCUGGACCGCAGCAAGGAAUAUUUCAUACAAAGAUCCUUGAGUACCAGGAGAAGAAGAAGAAGGAGAAGAUGAGGAAACACUAGCUGCGAGCGUGGGAGCCUGAGUGUGUGUAAAUAGAGGAGUACAUAGGAGAAGAUGUGAAUGUUGCACUGUGUGUUUUUAUGUUGGUUUUAAAUAAUUAAUGUGUGAAUUACUGUACGGCUAUGUCGCUGCUACUCUGUGAAACACUGGCAGAACGAGAGACUUCAGCUCCACGUGUCGGCCACGGUCUGUCGCUGACGAGCAGGAAAUCAUUUCAAAUAAAGACUAGUUUUUUAAAGUCAA